UGUGUCAAAUCCCCAAGCGCGCCCUGCUUCUCCCACUUCUCUUACCUGGGACGGAUUUUCGGCAUCCUGCAACUGCAUCUUCGUCUUGUCUCUUCCCAAGCAUUGUGUUGUGUGUUUGCAUCACACCAGAUUGAUCUACCUCCCCCACAACUAGCGCCGGCAUCGUCGGUUCCAGGCCAGGAACUGCUGUUCCCCCAGACGACGGCCCCCCAAACACGCCAGAUACCAACACCACCACUUUGCCGCCAGCGCGCAUUCUCGCGGCCAGUGUCGCAUACUGCUCGAAUUUACCAUGCCGGCCGUACGCGAUCCCUACAACCUCCUCGCCAACAUGGCGCCCCACGACUCCAGCCUUAGCCCCCGACAGCCUGCCUUCAACGUGCCAGCGAUUGCCUUCGAUGCGCCCAAGACAGCCCCCAUUGCCAAGCGACAGAACGUUAUAUAUGCUCAACAAGGCAUAAUACCCACAUACUACAACACCGACGGUCCCGAGCCCGGUACCGUCGUGGGCAUCGUCCUAGGCAGCGUCGCCGGCUUUCUUCUGAUCUGCUGGCUCAUCCAGUCCCUGAUGAACACCAACAACAAGACCGGUACCACCACAGCCAUGGCUGGAGAGGAAGAGAUCGUAAUACGCAGGCCACGACGCAAUUCACAUGGCGGGCGCUCGUCGCGACGCAGGUCUGAGGUCCGCGAGAUUAGCAGGAGCCCGAGGCGGAACAGUGGACGCUCGCAGAUCAUCGUUGAGGAGAGGAGAGGGGCGCCACCGAGAGCGAGGAGCAUCAUUGUGGAGGGAAGGCAACGUGUUCCAGGCGAUGAUGUCGUCGAAGUCAUCGAGGAACACGAUGAGUACCGCGAGAGGAGAGGCGCCCGGAGAGGCCCGGGAUACCGAUACUGAACAGUAACUCCAUCGCGCCUCAAACCCUCCAAACACCCAAUAACUUACCGACAUCCUUACGUGCGACCACUGCCCACCGUCGCACCACAGAUACCCCCAGAAUACCCUUUUGUUUCUAUCGCGUUCUUGUUUUGCAGUAAUUCCACCGAUACAUCUUCUUCUCUGUACCAUAAUACGGACUCUUCUUUGACACUUGGCGUUCAAGCGGCUGCAUUGAAGGCGACGACAUCCAGUUUGAAAGUGAAGGAAUGGCAAAAGGGAGAUGUAACGCAUGACGCAUCAUGUAUAGCGAGACGCGCCUCUGAUUUGGACGUAUGGGAAAUGAUUGCAGAACUUCUUAUUUGCAGAUGAAUAGUCAAUAAAUGAUCCAUGAGAUCGAAUUAUCAGUA